UGCACCAUUAUCCUAGAAACGGAAAAAUAGUACACAAAAUCAGAGCCCGAAACUGAUUCGUCUUUCAGAUCCAGAGAUCGAAAAAUGCCGAGAAAAGGAAUGAGGAGUCUCCUUUUCCAGUUCUCGUCGCCGUCGAAUUCCAUUUCUAGGUAUUCGAUCUCGUCCCCGUCGAGAUCUCCGGCCUUGACUCCUCGGCGGAGCUUCAACGAUGCGAUGAUCGAACAGAGCAUCGAAUCUGCGGCGGCGAUUGUGAUGAAAUGGAAUCCGGAUUCUUCAACUUAUGCUAAAGUUACUUCGAUGUUUUAUGAAGACAGAAACGAAGCCAUGCAGUUCAUUAAGCGCGUGAAUGAUCUUCAAAAAGCGAUGCAUCUGAUGGUUUCGGAAGAUUCCGGUUUCGCUUCCGAUAGGCUUGUUUACGCUCAAGGUUUGAUGGAAAUCGCAAUGAAAAGGCUUCAGAAGGAGUUUUAUCAGAUUCUCUCCAUGAACCGCGCUCAUCUCGAUCCGGAAUCUGUUUCGGCUCGAUCCUCCCGCUGCUCCACUAGAUCGAGCACUUCCGCCGAUUUCGACGAUGACGGAACCCUAGACGAUGAAGUCCAAGUCGUAGGCGAUUCGAUCGCUGAGGUUGAGCAAGUUUCGUCCAUCGUUAUGGAGGAUUUACGAACCAUAGCUGAGUGCAUGAUCUCAUCUGGAUACGCUAAAGAGUGCGUUAAUAUGUACAAAGUGAUUCGAAAAUCGAUUAUCGAUGAGGGUGUGUACCGCCUCGGUCUUGAGAAAUUGAGCCCUUCGCGAAUCAACAAGAUGGAUUGGGAGGUGCUUGAUCUUAAAAUCAAGAACUGGUUGGAUGCAAUUAAACUCGCAAUUAGAACGCUGUUCGUUGGCGAACGAAUUCUCUGCGACAACGUUUUUUCCUCGUCUGAAUCGAUUAGAGAAUCCUGUUUUGCUGAUAUAUCCAGAGAAGGCGCUCUGCUUCUGUUUGGAUUCCCUGAACUUGUAGCUAAGAGUAAAAAAUCUCCGGAGAAAAUGUUCCGUGUUCUUGAUAUGUACUCAUCAAUCGCCGAAAAUUGGCCGGAGAUCGAAUCGAUUUUCUCGUCUGAGUCCUCAUCUGUAGUUCGAUCUCAAGCUCUGACCUCACUCGCGAAGCUUGGCGAGUUAGUCCGUGCCAUAGUAAUGGAUCUCGAAUUCUCAAUUCAGAAGAAUUCAUCCAAAUCGCCGGUCGCUGGCGGAGGUGUUCAUUCUUUAACGCUUCUCUCAAUGAACUACCUCACUUUCCUCGCCGAUUACGGCAACGUUUUGACGGAUAUUUUCGUCGAUUGGAUUCCGCAAGACAAGUCCUCUCUGGAACAAAUUUUCUUCGGCAGUUCAGACUCCGACGAUUCUCCAACGGCUUCUGCAAUCUCUUUGCGAAUGGGAUGGUUAAUUCUAGUCCUACUCUGCAAACUCGACAGCAAAGCGAAACGAUACAAAGACGUUUCACUCUCGUAUCUAUUCCUCGCUAACAAUCUUCAACACAUCGUCUCUAAAGUCCGAUCGUCGAAUCUUCAUUACCUUCUCGGCGACGAGUGGAUCGCGAAGCACGAGGCCAAAGUAAGGCAAUUUGCAGCCAAAUACGAGGCAUUGGCUUGGGGCAGAGUCUUUGAUUCCUUGCCGGAGAAUCCAACCGAGAAAUUUUCACAAGAGGAAGUCAAAGAAAUCUUCAGGAACUUCAAUAUGGCAUUCCAAGAAACUCAUCGGAAACAGAAAUCCUGCUUCAUUCCUGAUCCAAAGCUUCGAGACGAAGUUAAACUAUCAAUCGGUAGGAAGCUCGUUUCGUUCUAUGGAGAAUUUUACAGAGCGCAGAAAGCUUACGCCGGUGCUAUUGAAAAGCCGUACAUCAGAUUCUCCCCGGAAGAUAUCGGUAACUACCUCUCAGAUCUCUAUUUUGAACCGUCAGAUUGGGCGAGCGUUUCCACCUCGUCGCCGUCGUCCACCUCCUCCUCUCACCGGCGGGAACCGGGCCCCCGUUAAUCGGCCCAUCCGCUGAGAAUUGCCGCGUUUUUUUAAUCUUUUCUUUAACUUUUCACCCUUUGUGUUUCCCGAAUUUUGGAUAUGCCUGUGAAAGCUGCAACGGUAAAUAAUACGGAUUUAGUACGUUUUGACAUUUUGAUCAUAAAGUUUGAAUAAAUUGGUCACGCAAGACUUUUUGUA